ACCGUGGCGGUCAAUUAUAUUAAAUAGAGCCGCGUGUGUAGCGGCCAGCCACAAUUUUCUGUUUACUUUCGCGGUUGUUUUAUUAUGUAUGAAUACUGCAGUUAAACUCUUCCAAUGAUAAACCGGGUUUAAGGUCAGUUUAGUGAUAUUUUAAAAAAAUGAACUGAAGUGAUAAAAUGAGUCCAGAGACACCGAGUUCUUCGGGCAGUGAUAGCUCGAGACCACCACCAUUGAAAGGUGCGGAGGAACGUCUCAUGGUAGCAGUGAGAGUGAGACCGUUGAAAGAGGAUGAACCUCAUAGAGUUUUGUAUGCGGCUAAUAGUAAGACCGUGGUGCUGGAAGAUGCCGACAAAAACGACGCGAUUCGUCAAAAAAAGGGCUUCGAAAGACAAUACACCUUCGAUGUUGUCUUCAAUGAAACUUCCAGCCAAGAGGAGGUGUACAAUACCACCACCAAUAGUCUUGUAAAGGAUGUACUCAAUGGAUACAACGGUACUGUUUUUGCUUAUGGAGCCACCGGUGCCGGAAAAACCCAUACAAUGGUGGGCAGCAAGGACCAACCUGGCAUAAUGAUCCGAGCGCUCAAUGAUAUCUUCGAGGCAGUUAAAGAAAACGAGGACGAAUACUCGGUGACUAUGUCCUACCUUGAACUAUACAAUGAAAAUAUUAGGGAUCUGCUGAAUCCUUCUUCGGGGUAUUUGGAGCUGAGGGAAGAUUCUAGAGGUAGGAGUAUUCAUGUUGCUGGCAUAAGUGAGAUAUCUACCACUUGUACUGAUGAGGUUAUGCAACUGUUACACAAGGGUAACAAGGCAAGAACCGUAGAACCAACAGCGAUGAAUCAAACUUCUUCGAGGAGCCACGCUUUACUUAGCGUUACUGUAAGGCAUACGACCCCGGUGAACCAAAAGGACCAUUUAAGAAUGAGAAUAAAACAGGGCAGACUGUUCAUGAUAGAUCUGGCAGGAUCCGAACGAGCGAACAAAACCAAAAAUCGCGGAAAAAGACUCCAAGAAGGAGCCCACAUAAACAGAUCACUUUUGGCUUUGGGAAAUUGCAUUAAUGCCUUAGCAGGGGGCGCCAGAUACGUCAACUAUAGAGAUUCUAAGCUCACUAGGUUAUUAAAAGAAGCUUUGAGUGGUAAUUGUAAAACUGUUAUGAUCGCCCACGUGAGCCCUUCUGCUAAUCAGAAGGACGAAUCCAGAAACACUUUGAUAUAUGCUGAUAGGGCCAAUAAUAUAUCGACUAAAGUGGAACGGAACAUUCUAGAUGUGUCUUAUCAAGUAACGCAAUAUCAGACGGUGGUAAAUGAACUUAGGGCUGAAAUUUCAAGAUUACAAACCAAAAUGAAAGAGGAAAGACCUCGUUCGGCUGACAUUAAUAAACUCGAUGCGGAACAGCGAAGUGCGGAAGUAAGAAGCUUAAGGGAGCAAAUCGUCGAUACUUUUAAAACUCAAAUGAAACUCCGAAGGAAGCUUAUGGAAAUCGAUGCCCAUUUAUUAGGUUUGGGAAUGGAGGCGGAACGUCAACACUUACUAAUCUCCCAUUGGGAGUCGAGAAAUAACAAACUAUACAAGAACAAUUUUAGCGGGAGUAGAGCUAAGACACAGCAAACUAUACGGAGAAGAAGGUUAGGUACCGCAGACGGUUUCAGGUCAGCAGGCAACGAAGAUAACGCUAGUUCAGAUAUGGAGGAUGCAGAGGAGGAAACUGCCGUUCAACAAGCUUGGGGGGAGUUGGCUGAUAUCGAAAGAGAGCAAGACCGAUGGACUGAGUUAAGAGGUCACAUUGAACUGAAGUUGGAAGCUUGCAGGCAACGUGGAGUGCGACUGGAAGACAAACUACCCUCAUUAUUAUCGUCAGACGACGAAAGGGAAAUAUUAGCCCUAAUAUGUAGGGUCCAUGAACUAGAAGCGGAUAAAAUGGCGUUACAGUCGGAACGACUAGUGAGACAACACGAGCUUAAAAGGCGAGACUUAUUAAUUUUAAGAUACGACAGACAGAGACAGCUAUGCGAGGAGAUCAUCACUAGACAGCGACAGCUUAUAGAAGAAGUGAAACUGAAACUACCACCGGACCUGCAAGAACUUUACCAAAUGUACCAGCAAGAGAUCCACGCGGCCACUUACACGGACUUUCAUCCCCCUUCUACUGCGGGAGUAACACCCGACAAGUUACCACCGAUAAGUAAAAUUUAUAGUGACCCGAUGUUUCGUCCCACUCUCACUUCGGACCCGAGCAUUUCUCCACCCUCGUCUUCGGAGGGUAGCGGGGGUGAGGACAAGGACACGAAUAUCGAUAAGGUGUUGGGUCACGUUGUGACCAGACCGGGUGUCACGAGGUUACCCCCUUUGCCUCCCAGUCCCCCCGUACGAAUAUCAGGAUCUAGAGAUUCUGGAUAUACAAUGAGAAGGGCAAUAAGCGAGGACAGACUCUCGGAAACUCCCGGCCCAAGCUCCAAUAAGGACUAAUACUAACGUAUUUUCACUUUUAAAUGUAAAAAUUGUACUUUUGUUUAUAAAUGAUUGAACUGUAAUAAAACCACAAAUAUUUCCAAUCAAUAA